AUGGAUUUGCCACCCAGCAAAACAUCACCUCUUAAGGGGAAAAAAGAUGCGGAAGGCUGUCUUUCUGAAUCAUCACCUUCUGAAUCAUCACCUGAAGGUGGAUACUCUGAGAGCUCUGAAGAAGGUUCACCGAUUGUCAAGGUUCGUAGAGAAGGGGAAAACUUCUCUCCAGAAACUGCAACUGCUGAAAGAUUAAAGCUCAUGCUUCAUCCAACUAAAAGGCUCCGCAACCACAAUGGUGGAAAAGUCAGAAACUUUAGUCCCACCUCAUCCUGUCCAACAGGCACUUCCUAUAACAUAGUAACACUUUCUGCUCCGUGUCCACAGAGCAUUUUUGAAACUGAGUUGAAUCCUGAGAUUUCAGAACUAAACCAAGGGGAUGAACUGGAAAGGUAUUCCUUUCUGCACUUAAGACAGAAAUGA